UGCAAGAUGUGGAAGUCAGCAAGCUGGAUGCUGCUCCUCUUCGUCUGGGUUUGGGCCACAGCAGAUGAGCUGGACGGCGAGGUCAAGAUUGAAGUUUUGUUUAAGCCCGAGCAGUGCACUCCAAAGAGCAAACGAGGAGAUCUGCUGAACGUUCAUUACGAUGGGUUCCUCGCCAAAGACGGUUCCCAGUUCUACUGCAGUCGAUCAGACAAAGCUGGGCACCCCCAGUGGUUUGUGCUGGGUGUAGGACAAAUCAUCAAGGGCCUUGAUAUUGGGAUGAUGGAUAUGUGUCCUGGAGAAAAACGAAAAAUAACUGUUCCACCCGCCCUGGCAUUUGGAGUAAAAGGCAAAGAUCCAGUGCCGCCCAAUGCUACCGUAAUCUUUGAGGUGGAGGUCUACACUGUGUCUAAGGGACCACGCACCAUGGAGGCUUUCGGACAGAUGGACCUUGAUAAAGACAAAAGUCUCACAAAGGCCGAGGUAAAACAAUAUUUGAAACUGGAGUAUGAAAAAGGAGGGAAACCACGUGAUGAUCCUUUCUAUGAGAAGAUGAUAGGUGAUAUAUUCCACAAGAAUGACCAAGACAGAGAUGGACUGAUCAGUGCGAAGGAAUAUAAUGUUUUUAAACACGAUGAGCUCUAGUGUCAGAAAUCGUUGAUCCUGGUCAAUUCUUAGUUUAAAUACUUUGAAUAAUUAGAAAGAAAUCAUGGAUAGCUAAAGGGAAGCUCCACCCUAAGAUAAGAUUAAUACCAAGUAUUAAACUAUGCAAGUAAGAACAUCUGCAGCACCUGUGAAAUCAUUUAUUUUUGUGCAAACACCACUAAAUUUUUGCAUUUGAAAUGUUUUAUUCUUGUCUUUUUGUAAACAUUCCUUCUAUUUGCAGCACAAUACACAAACCGCAAUUUGCCCAAUCUUGUAGAAUCAGUGGCUUGGAAACUAGUUUGACUGUCGUGAGAACUGAGACAGAUUUACGUAAGCAGAAAUAAGAAUAAACCACUCAAAAUAAUCCACCUCCUUGUCAAUGUUCUACCCGUUAAUCUACAGUGAACUAACAUAUAAGUAAUGAAAUGUGGCUGUGAUGGAGCUGUUAAUGUAAUAAUUAAUGAUGGUAAGGUGUUGUGGUUUGUCGGCAUGUUUACAAGUUUUGCGACAUCUUUUUUUUGGGGUCAAAAUCACGACGGUCUUUGUAUGUUCCAUGUACUGUAAUUCAGGUUUUUCACCUUGGAUUCAUGGGCUUUUUGCUGAGGAAAAUGGUAAAUGGACUGUAUUUAUAUAGCACAUUGUUCCACAGUGUGUUGCACUGGCCAAAGUGCUUUACAGGAGAUGAUACACCAUUCACCCAUUCACACAACAAUGACCACAAAAAAGACAUUUUACACGUGCAGUUCACUUCCAGUUUAGGUGGAUGUAACUGACAAACGUGAUAAUAUGCUUCUUAGUGUUAUGUUAUUUUUCUAUGAUUUUCUGACCUUAAAUGAGGUUGACUGUCACAUGUGACAGGCCCAUUCGGAUGCGAAUGGUUUCAGUGUAUGUUCAUUAAUAAAUGCAUUUUAUUUUGUCA